UUAAAGGUAAAUAUGGACUUCCAAGUUCCAACUUCCAAUCAAUGAGUAUUUGACUAUUCUUCCCAGCAUUCAUCAUUUCUUGCUUUCUUGACUUGUCUUCAAGCAUUUCUAGUGGCGGUUAGUGUAUACCACAGACAGCAUUUCCCUUCCCUCAUAAAACUCAUCUUCACCAGAAUCAAACAACCAUGGCGAAAGAUUAACCGCCACAACAAAAACAAAUUUCACAAGAACAAAGAUGCAUCACUUCAAAUCCUCUGCAAUUUCCAUGUUCAUGUUGCUGAGCUUUGCAACCAGUGAAGCAGCACCAGUGUACAGCGCAGUAGCCUGCACAGACGACCAAUUCGCAACCUACUACCAACCCAACACAACCUUCCAAACCAACCUGAACCUCCUCCUCUCUUCCCUCGUCUCCAACGCCACCCUCCACGACGGAUUCUACCGCACCAACAUCUCCAUCGGAACCCCCAACGAAGUCAAGGGCCUCUUCCUCUGCCGCGGCGACGUCACCCCCUCCGCCUGUCAUGACUGCGUCUCCGCCGCCUCCGUAAACAUCACGCGCCGCUGCACCAACCAAACGGAGUCCAUCAUCUGGUACGAUGAGUGCAUGCUGCGAUACACCAACAGCUCCACCCUGAACAACAUCGUCCCCGGAACGUCCUUGAUGUCCGUUCAAGCCGUCCCUGACUCCGACCGUUCCGGGUUCAGCGAUUUUCUGGCGUCCAUGCUGAAUGAAGCUGCGCAAGAAGCCGUAGAUUCUUCUUCAGGUAAGAAAUUCGCGACGAGAGAAGCGAAUUUCUCGAGCUCGAUGAAAUUGUACACACUGGCGCAGUGCACGCCUGAUUUGUCAAGCUCUGAUUGUAACACGUGCUUGCGAAGCGCCAUCAGUGCCAUUCCUUCAUGCUGUGAUGGGAAGCGUGGUGCGAGAAACCUGCUUCCUGGUUGUAAUAUUCGAUAUGAACUGUACCCCUUUUACAACGUCUCUGCAAUUUCGACUCAACCACAGUCCCCUUCUUCUUCUUCAGGAAAAAGCAAUGUCGCUGUAAUUGUUGCAAUUGUUGUCCCAAUUGUUGUUGUCUUCGCACUUUUUGUUCUCGGCUGGUACUUCUUGCGGAAGAGGGCAAGCAGGAAGUUGAAUACAUAUAUCCGGGAUUCAAUUCGGGAGGAUCUUAACGAUGUGGACUGCUUGCAAUUUGACUUUGCUACGGUUGAAGCUGCAACAAACAGCUUUUCAGACGAGAACAAGAUUGGCCAAGGUGGAUUUGGGGUGGUUUAUAAGGGGAUCCUUCCAAAUGGAAUGGAGAUAGCUGUGAAGAGGUUGUCUGUAACCUCCUUGCAGGGUGCAGUGGAGUUCAGGACUGAAGCUACCCUUGUGGCCAAGCUUCAACACAGAAAUUUAACGAGGCUGUUGGGAUUUUGCUUGGAGGGGCGGGAGAAGAUGCUUAUCUAUGAAUACAUACCAAACAAAAGCCUUGAUCACUUUCUAUUUGAUCCUGUAAAGCAAAGAGAGUUAGAUUGGUCAAGACGCUACAAGAUUAUAGUUGGCAUUUCUCGAGGAAUGCUUUAUCUCCAUGAAGAUUCCCAGCUUAGAAUUAUACACCGUGAUCUCAAAGCUAGCAAUGUUCUAUUAGAUGAAAAUAUGAUCCCAAAGAUUUCAGAUUUUGGCAUGGCAAAGAUUUUUGAGGCAGAUCAGACUCAAGUAAAUACAGGAAGGAUAGUUGGGACUUUUGGUUACAUGUCUCCAGAAUACGCGAUGCGUGGACAAUUCUCUGUCAAAUCAGAUGUGUUUAGCUUCGGUGUUCUAGUUUUGGAGAUUGUGAGUGGGAAGAAGAACACUGAUUUUUAUCAAUCAAAUCAAGCUGAUGACCUCUUAAGCUUUGCUUGGAAAAAUUGGACAGAGAAAACACCUUUAGAGUUGCUAGAUCCAUCUCUAAGAGGUUCUUAUUCAAGAAACGAAGUCAUUAGGUGCAUCCAUAUUGGUUUAUUGUGUGUUCAGGAGAAUCCCCAUGACCGGCCUUCGAUGGCUACCAUUGCGCUUAUGUUGAACAGUUAUUCAGUGACCUUGUCGUUGCCUCGACAGCCAGCAUCUUUCCUCCAUGGAAGAACACCCAACAGGCUAAAACACGGGCUUGAUUCUGAUCAGUCCAACUCAUGUUCAAUUCCUUGGUCUGUGAAUGAAGCAUCCUUCACUGGAGUAUAUCCCCGAUAAAAAGAUCGUUUGUAUUUUUCUUCUUUAAUCCAUCUAUCAUUCAAUUGUAUGUUCAAAUCAUGUCAAACAUUGUUGUUGCAGUCACAUUUCCCAGUUGAUGUAUAUUGUAUCCAUAUAAACUACAGAUACUUGUCCGAGGAACAGUAAAAAUUAUGACAAUUUUGAGUGCA